AUGAGCGUUACAUUGCAGCUUCAGCUUGUCGCCUUUCGCCUUUCGCUCCCUACCUUAGAUAAAGCAACAGUACUAGUAGUAAACAGACUGUGCAACUCUGCACAGACAACCUCUCCCACCACUUCUGUGAUCGACAUGAGCUCGAGCUUCACCACCAGCGUAAUAUCCCCUCUCCUCACAAUCCUCUGA